CGUUCUAAGAGGGGCGUAAAACAAUCCGCCAUUUUGUCCCUAUGACAUUUUAUGAAAUUAAGAUUUUAAUAGUUUGUUACCCGUUUAAAUCUGAAAAAUCCCACUGCAAAAGUGGUUUUAGUGAAGCUGUGUAGUGUUUCAAUAGCCUGUGAUAUUUGUGUCUACAUUUAUUUUUGUUUACGUUCAUCUUGACGUUUUUAUCUGAACGAAUUUGACGUCGAAUAAAGAACUCUAGAUAAUCAAAAUGGGCACAAGAGAGGACGAAUACGACUAUUUGUUCAAAGUUGUGCUAAUAGGUGAUUCGGGAGUCGGUAAAAGUAGUCUCCUAUCUCGGUUCACUAGAAAUGAAUUUAACUUAGAGUCAAAAUCCACAAUAGGAGUGGAAUUUGCUACAAGAAGUAUAGAGGUCGACGGCAAAACCAUAAAGGCCCAGAUAUGGGACACGGCCGGCCAGGAGCGGUACCGCGCGAUCACGUCGGCGUACUAUCGCGGCGCGGUCGGUGCGCUGCUCGUGUAUGAUAUUGCGAAGCACCUGUCCUACGAGAACGUGGAGCGAUGGCUGCGCGAGCUGCGCGAUCACGCCGACCAGAACAUUCUCAUCAUGCUCGUCGGCAACAAGAGCGAUCUCAGGCAUCUCAGAUCCAUCCCAACAGAAGAGGCCAAGGCGUUCGCGGAAAGAAACGGCCUUAGUUUUAUUGAGACGUCCGCUCUCGACUCAACCAACGUGGAGCCCGCUUUCCAGAAUAUUCUCACUGAGAUCUACAGGAUCGUGUCGCAGAAGCAGAUGCGCGACCCGCCCGAGGGCGACGUGAUCCGGCCCGACGUGGAGCCCGCCGACCAGCGGCCCUCGCAGGCCGACAGCGUGCGCAAGCAGUGCUGCCAGUAACAGAAAGUCCAGUUAAUAUCGGAGCCGAAGUCAAGAGAAGCAUAUUGCUGGAAAACUAAUCACAAUCAUUACGAAUCAUUCCCGAGAAAUGGUCUCCAACACGCAACAACCGGCCGCGGCCGGCGCUGGCGGUGGCUAAUGUAGAUAGCUUGUGUAAUUAUUGAUAUUUAGUGUCCGAACGAAUUAACUUACUCUAUUUAACCGUUGGUGUCAUGUAGAAAACUAGAUACACAGCGCUCGGUAUGAUAUAACUAAGCUGCCCGGUGUCGUUGCUCGGACUUUCCGCGCUCGCACACCGCAAUAAGUAUUUGGUUUUGAAUAAUGAAUUGUGCAAUAACUAUGAGCCGUGCGGAUGCUUCGAUUAAUUUAGUGAUUGUGAAUCUAGUUGUUUAUGUGAGAUCGAUGAUAUUAACGUAAAGUGAACUGUACCACGUUAGUACGAGUCCAAGCUUCGGUUAUAGUAAGCACCCGGUAUUUUUACAUUAAUUUUGCGCUCCUAGACGUACACAACACUGUGUAAUUUAUUCCUGAUUUAUUUUUAUUUAGGGGAAAAACAUUUUAUUUCGAGUUCGACUUAGUAGAUAAUUCAUUAUAAAUAUCUAUUUAUUUAGAGAAUUUAAAACUUCGCCGGGUACCGUUUCAUUUCAGAUUCGCGUUCGGAUCGAAUAGAGCGGCCGGCGAACGAAAGUAUAUAAAACUGUUAAAUAACACAAAUCAUAGCUUCAUAAUUAUUAUUAAACUCAUCGUUUUUGUAUUACACUAGCCGGUAGUUCGUGAUAAGUAACGAGAUAGCUUUUUUAAAACGUUGUUUUAUUUACGGAUAUUAUGUGCCUUCGGACAUGCGAGACAUGUACAUUUAAGCUUUGUUUCUGCCGCGGCGAUGCGUGCCGCCGGCUGGCUUCGGGCGGACACACUUUGUUGUAGACUGCGAGUCUACGGUUCAAAUUCUUUAUUAUUAUAUUGGCCCUUUUCAGAGCACUUGUACUUUUAAACUUCUAAUAUACCUUGUCCUGUCACCACUUCGGGACGACAUAUCCGUUGGUGCUGAAAAGAAGUGGCGAAAGAGUUACGUUAUUCAUUCAAUAAGCUCACUGGCCUUUAUUGGAUACAGAAGAAAAGUAUCAGUCAAUGAAAUCUAUCGACUCGUGCGCCAUCUAGUGUUACGCGUGCGUACUAAAAUGUGGGGACGCCAUCUACAUUUUAGCUGUAGUUCUGAAGCAAAGUUAUCAGCCCCCCUGGGCAAAACGCACUUUUUGAUCGAAUCGAAAAUCGAAUCCGUCAAAACUCCAUACAAAAAAGGGGCUUUUCGACCACUUUUCGACUGGUUUGCGAUUAUAAUUUGCACUUUGUCUAGACCCACAGUUUGGUUUCUGAGUCGAUAUGUUAUAAAGUGUUAGUGGCCCAGGCCUAACAACCGUCCGCCCUGGCCGGCCCGCGGCCUAAGGCCAGGCCUAGGCCGAGCCUCCGCUUCACCCUUUGUUAUGUUCUAACGAGACUAUGAGAGAUGCGGUGUUCGUUGUAUCUAAGUAAUAUAUUAUUGUAUUAUGGUCAUAUGCAUGGUUAUUUUUUAGUGCCUAUCUGUAAUUACUUUAUUAAAGACAAAGAUAAUAAAAUAUAAUGUAAAUUU